GACUCCUCGGGCGGGAGCUCCUCCCGCGCCCCCGUACGCGGUUCUACGUGGGCGUGAAGCGAUGGGAACGCGCAGGGGCUUUUUCCCCUUUACGGAGCUCCGUGAAGGCAUUCUCCCUCUGAUGACUUCAUAAAGACGCCAAAAUGUGGAGGGCGGUGGCUAACGCCCUGCCGAGGGCCAAAGUCCCCGGAGGCAGGGCAUGCUGGCUGCGGCCGGCGCAGGGCAGGAGCCCGCUCACCGGCACCCCUCGGCAUCGCGCCGCGCCAGGGCUCCGCGCCGCCCGGCUGCUCGGCAUGAGCCCGGCGAUACGGAAGGUGGAAGCUCUGGAUGCGGGUCACUUUGUCCGCGUGGAGUGGGAGGAUGGGAGCGAGAGCCGCUACCCCUGCGUCUGGCUGCGGGACAACUGCCAGUGUCCCCAGUGCUUCCUGCGCUCGGCCAGGGCGCGCAGGCUGGUCAUCGAGGACCUGGACGUGAACAUCGUGGUGAAGGAAGUCGCUCUGGCAGACAGAAAAAAGAUCUCUAUUACAUGGCCCGAUGAACACGCAAGUGACUAUGAAGCCGAGUGGUUGAAAAAACGGUGCUUCUCUGAAGAAGCCAGAGCAGAAAUGCGAGAAGGUUUAUUUUUACCAGAACGCCAGUACUGGGGAUCAGACCUCCAGCUUCCUGAAAUACCUUUUGAAGACAUCAUGUACAAUGACGAAAGUAUGUACAAGUGGCUGUGCACCCUAAAGAAAGUAGGAAUCGUGCUGCUAACAGGAGCUGCUACUAGGCAGGGAGAGUUGGUUAAACUUGGCCACAGGAUUGGGUUCCUGCGUCUCACUUUCUAUGGACCGACUUGGCAAGUGCAAGACAAAGCAGAUGCUAACAAUGUGGCUUACACAACCGCAAAACUAUGUUUUCACACCGAUUACCCUGUUCUGCAGCAUCCACCUGGGGUUCAGUUUCUCCACUGUAUAAAGCAAACAGCUGCAGGAGGUGAAAGUGUAGUUGUAGACGGAUUUCACGUAUCCAACAAGCUGAAGGAACAAAAUCCUCAAGCCCAUCAGAUCCUGUCCUCUACUGCUGUGGACUAUACAGAUGUUGGGGUGGACUACUGCGAUUUUGCUGUGCAAUGUAAACAAAGAAUUAUAGACGUGGAUUCCAGAGGCCAAGCAGUUCGCAUCAAUUAUAAUAAUGCAACAAGAGACACAGUGUUUGACAUACCAGCUGAGAAAGUGAGGCCAUUUUAUGCAGCUCUAAAGGAAUUUGAUGAUUUAUUAAACAGCGCAGAGCACAAGUUUGCUUACAAGCUGAAACCAGGGGACAUAGUGACGUUUGAUAACUGGCGUGUGCUUCAUGGUCGCCAAAGCUACCAGUCAGGAUCAGAAGUGACUCGUCACCUGGAAGGUGCCUAUGCAGACUGGGAUGUGGUCAUGUCAAGGCUCCGGCUCCUCAGGAAGAACAUCCUGAAUAGGGACUGAGCUUUCUUCUAACUAGCACGAGCAAAAACUAGAUUGUCUAACCUAAAAAAAAAAAAAUUAAAAAUUAAGUUUUCUUUUCAAAAACUAACAUCACAAAUAUAUUCUUGAGUUCCGUUAGAUAAGAAACCUGUUGUUCAUAACAAUUUAAGGUUUAUCUGUGUCCUGGUCUUUGAAUCUAUAAAAUGCAUUGUUACAUCUUUCAGUUUAUUUCCUUUUUUAAAAUCAGUGCACAAAAUGGCUGGAAACAUUAUCACUUUACUGGGCUGACUGGGUAUCAAAAUGCCUUAAUUUUUGUCUACAAAUAUACCUGCCCUCCCUAGAAAGCUUGGAAGGGACCAUCAAAAAAGAGCUUAUGAGUAUUACUUACUAAAGAUUUGUUAUGAACAACACCUUCCUCUACUUUCAGAGAAGCAUUCUUUAUUGCGUAAAUCAUAACUCACAUUCAUUAUCAAAAUAAGCAACGACUGCAGCAGUUGUUUUUAUAUACACACCUUUCUAGGUAGAACUCCACUUUAAUAUAAGGUCUCAUUCAGCAGAUGCUGUAUUGUGUAUAUCCCACUGUACAUGUGAUGACUAACACAGCCACAAAUAACUUCUACUCUAUUUCUAAGUCCAUAAACUACCACAGAAUGUGUCAUAUUUAUUUUACUCUGCAUUAGGAAUAGAAAUAAAUCUCAGUGCAGAGGUGGCAGAUGGGGUCAGAAAUCCCAUCAGAUGCUGUGCAGAGAUGUAAUUAAGAUCUGCAGGGCAGAUGGACUUUUGAGUAAAGUCAAGAAAAGGAAUGCCGAUGCCACUUUGCAGCUAGAAAUCACAAAGCACGAGGUGGUUAUUGACUCCAAACUUGACAGAGAAGUGGUGACUGAACUCAGAUCCCUUUUUGAUACACCAAAUACAAGAGCAUGCCACCGAUAGACUUGGUCAGCAGGAUAUUUUUCCUCUAGGUUGCAUUCUGAAGAGAGAUCAUGCUGCGUAAAAAUUACUGCAGCCAAAGUAGUGUUUUUUCCCUAUAUUCAGAUGCCAAAUUGAAAGAGAAAUAAUUUUAAAAUACAUGGGUUUAUACCCAACAAUAUGUCCACUGAGUUUAUUCUUCACAGUCCUUAUAGCUGCAGAGUUACCAGGAUGCUCUCUCACCCGUGCUGAGAGCCUGGCAAAAUAACCACGCCUCCACCCUCAGGUAUGCUCCGUUCAACUGUUCAUUUUCGAACUAUUCCCUGAAACUCUAAUAAAGCCUAAUCUCUUCCUGGUAGGCUAAAAGAGUAGAACUACAGAAUUAAAUAGCUGUAGAAUUAAAUUUGUUGAUACAAAAAAGAACCCCACCCAAUAUAAGUAAAAGCCUAACAUAAGCUUGCAAACACUUCCAUAGCUUCUACUCAUCAUUUACAGUCAGAAGGCAUCUCAGAUGAAUAAUCCAACAAAACUAAAUUAGGAUUUGGUCAUGACCUAGCAUAGCAUGCUUCGAAUCCCUUCCUCGUUCGUAAGUAGUGAAAUGUUUUUAUCAAAAUUUUGGCAUAAAGACAUAGUGUAACAAAACUGGCUUUUAGUGGUAAUUUGAUUCCUCAGUGCCUCCUUUAAUAAUUAAUUUUGGAAACAUGAAGAAAGAAUUUUUGCCUUUCCUAUAAAAGGGGGAGAAGAUGAGGAAAGGUUAAUAAGUAUAUUUUGUAAGACGCCAGCAGUACUGUGCUUUAACUGUGAUAUUUUUCAUAUAACAAUUUAGUGAAGAUUGCUAUUUAUAACUUUAAAACAAGAUAUCUUGGGAUUUAUAAAAUGGUUAAUAGGGAAGAGAUUUUCUCCUUUUAUUCUGUACUUUUCUAAAACCUUUUAUUUAAAUUCCUUUUUAUUAAAAGCUAUUAUGGAACUGA